CCUGACAGCAGCAUACGUAUAUUCCUGUACAUUAUUGAAUUUAUAUCUAGCAAGAGGAUAGUAUAUUAGAGCAUAUUACAGUUUCACAGCAGCAUCGUAACGAAUCAACACAGUGCAGUAACAGUAAGUGAAGUGCAGCUACUGUUCAAUUGUCUCAGUCUCCUCAAGAUGUCCUCAGACAUUUAUGCCAUACCAGAUUUAUCAAAGAAGGUGAGGUACAACAGAAAGGUGCAGGAAGACGGGGCAGAGAUGGAGGAAAGGGAGGUGGAUAUCUACGAGAGUGCAGAAUGUAUCAGAGAUGAUCCCACUGAUUUCCAGUCACAGGAUGGAGGACCACACACUCAGAACCAUGCACCAGUCCAAGAGAGGCCUUUCAGAGCUGCUGCAUUGUGUCUUGGAGUGCUGAGCCUGCUGGUGACAGCUGGGAUCAUCAUCCUGUCCAUAUGUUAUAUGUUAGUCAACACUCAGAUACAGACUAUGGUAAAGCAGCUCGGGGACCAAAUGGCAGUCAACUUCACUCAAUUACAGAGCAGAUAUGAAACACUGAGUAAUAAUCACAGUCAGUUACAGGAUGAAUUAAAGAAGCUGAAUCAAAUAAUCGAAGUGAACGGCUGUCCUGAAGGAUGGAAGAGAUUUGGAUGCAGUUGUUACUUUAAAUCCACUGAGGUGAAAAGUUGGUAUGACAGCAGGAAAGACUGUCAGGACAGAGGAGCUGAUCUGGUGAUCAUAAACAGCAGAGAGGAACAGGAGUUUGUCACAAAGCUGAAUAACAAUGGAGAGUCUUGGAUUGGUCUAACAUCAACGUGGAAAAACUAUGGAUACACAUGGGAAUGGGUGGACAGAUCACCACUGACACAAACGUUUGGGGGGACAGGACAGCUGGAACAUCCCACAGAAUGGAAAUAUGCAGCAUGCUGCGAUCAACAAGGAAAAUGGACACAAAGUAGAUAUUAUUAUUCAAGUCGUAGUGACUAUCACAAAAACUGGAUCUGUGAGAAAUAGAUUUCCUGCUUUCACUGAAGGCAGAGGGGUGUGUGGUGUUGGGAUUAAGUGGUUUCUCAAAUCAGAGGAAAGACAGCUAUUUUUUAUAAUGAAAGUUAAUUUCAGGUUAUCCUUGAUUAGAUUUACUUGAUUCAUUAAUGAGUCUUUUUGUGCUAAAACUACUGUGUGUCCUUUUUAUUUUUACUGGUUCUCCUGGAGUUAGCAGCUGCUUGUUUUUACCUACCUGUGAGGACCUUCACCAGGAAUGUAAAACACCAGUGAAGCAAGUCCUGCUAAUUGUGAAUCAGAAAUAUGUAAUCAACAGCGGCUGCAACUGUCUGCAGCUGUAGGGUGGACAAAGAUGAAUCAGUGAUAGGUUACAUUAGAAUAACAGGUUCCAUCUGAAGACCCUGAACAGAUGAAGUGGAUCAUUCAAUUAUUAUGUAAUGUAUGAUGUGGCUUUCUUUUUGUCAGUGUUAACAGUGGACAACAAACUAUCUGCUUUAGCUACACACUAUGUUACAACACCAACAAUGGAAAUUUAACAUUUAAGUUCUUAUCACUGAACACCAGAACUUCUUGAAGAAGUUAGUUCCUCUACCAGAGAAAAUAUUAAUAACUGUACAGUUCACACAUCAAGUUUCCUGUGUCAGUAACUGCUUCUUUCUUCUGCAGGCUUUAACAAAUGUAUUCACAUGUAUGUGCACAUUGCUGCUGCUGAGUGUAUCUCUGUAUAAUGACAGAAUAAAGUCAAAUCAAAGCUUUUCA